AUGUCUAUAGGAAUAGGAGGAGUAAUACGCAUUAUUACGCAAACAAAGCAGGGAGGUCGUGCCUUUAGAAGUUCUCAAUGUCAAGACUUCACCAAUUUCACUGACUCAGCUGGCUUAAUCGAUUUAGGUGCUCGGGGUAACCCUUAUACUUGGGAGAAUGCCAGGUUGGGGAAAUCUCAUAUCGGGGAGCUUUUGGAUCGUGCCAUUUCCAAUGCUGCUUUCAUAGCCUCUUUUCCCCAAGUUCAGGUAACUAAUUUGGUGAUAACUUACACUACUACAAAAAUGGUCAAAGAGACCCAAACUAAGAGACCUGUUAACUACAUAAGUGGUCUCUGUGAAAAGAGAGACCCGGUAUCUUCAUUAACAGUUACAAAUUUCUACAAGCUAUCAUCUAGAAGAUCUUUGAUUCUUUGGAAGCGGAAGUUAUCAUUUACAGAGUUUUUGUCUAACUUUUUAGCUAAUGUUAAUAGUUGGAAUUCUAAUGUGUUUAGGAAUCUUAAGCUCAAAAAGAAAACCACCUUAGCUAGGAUAAAUGGAAUUCAGAAAGCUUUAGCUUUGAACUCUUCCCAUUUCCUUAUUAAUUUGGAAAAAUCUCUUCUGUCUGAUCUUAAUGCUAUAUAUAGGAUGAAAAGAGUUAUUUGGGCUCAGAAGGCAGGUAUAAAUUGGAGAAAAUUUGGUGAUUAUAACACUAAAUAUUUCCAUAUUUUGGCUAAGGUGAAAAGAAGUAGAGGCAAAAUUGUUGCUCUUAAUAAUGUUGAUGGUGUCUUGAUUGAGGACAUUCCUUCUUUAAAGAGUUUAGCUAGGGCUCAUUUUAUCUCCCUCUUUUCUUCUUCCAUUCCCCCUCAUUCUGCUUCCCUUCCCUGUCCUGCUAUUCAGGAACUCAAUGAGAAUGAGUGCUCCCUUUUGCCCUCCAUCCCUAGUCUGGAAGAAGUGAAGUCCAACCUUUUUCUCAUGGAUCCUAUUAAAAGUCCUAGUCCUGAUGGAUUGCAGCCCCUUUUCUUUCAACAAUUUUGGGAGGGUAUAGGACAUCACAUUCAUCUUUUAUCUCUCAAAUUUUUAGGGAUUGUUGUAUUCCAAUUGAUGUAA